AUGCCCCUAAGGCCCGGAUAUCCGAACGUGGUCCUCCCACCCCCUCCCGCCCUCACUCCAAGUCUGGUGUUAAUUAGCAUUGAUUUGAUCGGCGGUCCGCGUAAGGAGUGGCGCGUGACGGGGGAAGUGGACGCGUGUGCACUUGCGCGCGCGCGCCGACUUAAUCUGCGUUAUCCCCAAUGGACCAAAUUUAUCAUCAAACAGGCUGGGAAAAUUUCCACCGAGGCUGUGAACAAACGUGCGACUAUGUCAAAAGUCGCAAAGCGCUCCAACGAAAGGAAAGACAAAGUUGUCGUGAUUGCGGGUCAAACCGAGUGA